AUGGUUCCACACUACAAUUCCAAGACCACAACAAUUGUUCUGGUAAUAGAAGGAAGGGGACGCUUAGAAAUGGGUUGCCCACAUCUUUCACAUCAAGGCCAAGGAUCACAGGAGCCAAGAGAACAAAGAGAGGAAGAAGAAAGUAGUGGAAGACUUCAAAAACUCACAGCUGAAUUGUCUCCAGGUGAUGUUUUCAUAAUCCCGGCAGGUCAUCCUAUAGCCCUGGUUGCUCAAAAUGAGAAUCUGCGAACAGUUGGGUUUGGAAUCAAUGCCCUGAACAACCAGAGAAACUUCCUUGCAGGGAAAAUUAACAUAAUGAACCAAGUGGAGAGAGAGGCCAUGGAAAUCGCGUUCAACGUACCUGCAAGAUUGAUAGAGAGGAUUAUCAGUGACAACCCCAAGGAAUCAUAUUUUGUGGCAGGGCCUGAACUGGCCAGGCCUGAAGGGGAGCAACAGAGAGAGGAAGGGAAAGGGCACUCUUUGCCAUCAGUUUUGGACUUGGUUGGUUUCUGA